GCAUUAGUAGUUUGUUAUAUAGUCAAUAGUCAUAUUAUCAUGUAAUCCACAUAUAAAAUAGGAGAAGUAAAAAAUGUUGUGCUUAAUUUUUUUAAAAUCAUUUUUAUUUCCAAAUACAAAAUUAAUUGGGGUUUAGGUUGAAAUACUCUAAUCUUUGACAAAGAUGCAGGCAGAAUAACUAUAUUGCGUAUCAUGUAGUAGUUUAUUUGAUUGACAAAAGAGUUAAGCAUCAAGUUUGCAAAAUUUAUUUCUCGCAUUUCAAAAGACGCCUCUUACCAGAGCAUAUUUGGAAGACGGGACAAGAACGUGAGGGAUUUCUAUUCUAUAAGAAGACAAGAUGACUCCUUUUGACGAUUUUGCUUAUUUGAUUAAUCAUGUUCUUUUGGGAGAGGAGCCGACCAUCGAAGAUUUUAUUCUUCUGGUUGGGACCCUGGUGGCAUUUGUAGCUUUUAUACUUUGGUGCUGUUUUCCCAUACAACCUAAGGAUAACAUCAACCACAGACAAUUUUCAUGUAAAUCGACUCAGCAUUCAAUUGCUUCGGCUCAGCUGCACAAUAAUUACAGUAAGAAUUCUACAGCUCAUAAUAACUAUAACUUACAAAACGGCCACGCGUACCAUUGUUGUACCUAGUUAUUAAGUGUCUACAAAAUUUUCUUCAAGCUACCACAUGUAAAAUAAAAAUGAAAACAAAUUGUUUAAAUAAGUUUUCCCUUUAUGAAUCUAGACAUUCUUGAGCUCUCAAAAACCAAAGCAAUUUUUGAAAUUUGUUUUAUAAUAGCAAACAAUUUAUUAAUAAUAAUUCUACAUAUACAAUAAAUAUAUACACAUUAUAUAUAAUAUUGUGUUUAGCUUAUUAAAAAUAAAGCAAGCAAAAUAUAAAUUUAAAAAAUCGUAUUAAUUUGCAGACUGAUAAUAUUUAUAUAAAAAUUAUAUUUACGUAUUAACAAUUAAAUUUUAUUAAUUUUUAAGAACAACAUAAUAUUGAAUAAUUUGUUACACACUUUUUAUACAUCAAUAAUAAAUUAUUACAAUUAGAAAUGGUACUGAAACGCCAAAAACCUGUAAAUUAUUCAGAUUAUAUUCAUAAUGAAGCAUACAGCACAAAAAUAAUAUGAGAUAAUUACAAAUUAUGAGUAAAGGACACAUACAUAUGCCAUAAUAUGCUGUACAUAUUAAUAUUUUUGUACUUAAUAGUGAAUAAUUUAAUUAAAUGUACAUAUGUUUUGAAUGAUAGUUAAUACUAAACAAACAAAAAAUACAGACAUUCUAGCAUUUUAACAGGGAGAUGAAAACAUUUUAACAAGAAGAAACUCAAUAUGCUACUUUCCAAUAAAUUAUAAUACUUUUCCAAUAUUCUUCAAACAAAACCACUAUCUACCGUAAAAUGAAGCAAUAAUUCGAUCUGAUAUAAACAUUUAAUUAAGGAUACCAAAUAAUCUUAUUUUCUUUUUUAAAUAAAAAUAUAUUACAAAAAUGUAACUCAAUUUUAACAGUUUUGUAUAAACAAUAUAAUUAUAAUAAAUAAAGACCGAUGUUU